CUCUCUCACUGAGACGGCCACAGCAAGCAGAGGCUGAAAAAAAAAGAGCAAAGAGGAAGAAAACAAAAGCUGCCAAUUAUGGAAGAUAGAAAGGAUUCUGAACUGAAGAGAUUUUGUUCCAGAAAUAUACUGAUUGUCCUUGGCUUCUCUUCUACCCUGGCUGUGAUUGCUUUGAUUGCUGUGGGGCUGACCCAGAACAAACCAUUGCCAGAAAAUGUUAAGUAUGGGAUUGUGCUGGAUGCGGGUUCUUCUCACACAAGUUUGUACAUCUAUAAGUGGCCAGCAGAAAAGGAGAAUGACACAGGGGUGGUGCAUCAGAUAGAAGAGUGCAAGGUAAAAGGUCCUGGAAUCUCAAAAUAUGCUCAAAAGUUAACUGAAAUAGGCAUUUAUCUGACUGCAUGCAUGGAAAGAGCCAGGCAUGUGAUUCCACAGUCCCAGCACCGAGAUACACCUGUUUACCUGGGAGCCACGGCAGGCAUGCGGUUACUCAGGAUAGAAAAUACACCAUUGGCAGACAAGGUCCUGACUGAGGUGACGAAGAGCCUUAGCAGCUACCCCUUUAACUUCCAGGGGGCCAGAAUCAUCACGGGCCAAGAAGAAGGCGCCUAUGGCUGGAUUACUAUCAACUAUCUGCUGGGCAAAUUCACUCAGAAACUGCGAUGGCUCAACCUGAAGCCAAAUAGAGACCAUACUCAGGAAACCUAUGGAGCUUUAGACCUUGGGGGAGCCUCUACACAAAUCACUUUUGUGCCCCAAAACAACAGUAUCGAGUCUCCAGACAAUGCUCUGCGCUUUCGCCUCUAUGGCAAGAACUACAGUGUAUACACACACAGCUUCUUGUGCUAUGGGAAGGAUCAAGCGCUCAUGCAGAAACUGGCCAAGGACAUUCAGGGUACAAAUGGAACCCUCAGGGACCCAUGCUUUCAUCCUGGAUAUACGAAGGUAAUGAACAUAAGUGACCUUUACAAGAGCCCUUGCACCAAGAAAUUUGAGACAACUCUUCAGUUACAUCAGUUUCAAAUCCAGGGCACUGGAAACUAUCAACAAUGCCAGCAAAGCAUCCUUCAGCUCUUCAACAACAGUUACUGCCCUUACUCCCAAUGUUCCUUCAAUGGGAUUUUCUUGCCCCCACUCAAAGGGGAUUUUGGGGCAUUUUCAGCUUUUUACUAUGUGAUGGAGUUUUUAAACUUUACAUCAUUAGAGGAAACUCCCUCUCAGGAAAAGGUGACUGCCACGAUGGAAAAUUUCUGCUCUCAGACUUGGGAAGAGCUGAAGAUAAAUUUUGGUGAAGUGAAAGAGAAGUACCUGAGUGAAUACUGCUUUUCUGGCACCUACAUCCUCUCUCUCCUUCUGAACGGCUAUCAUUUCACAGCUGAUUCCUGGAAGCAUAUUCAUUUCAUGGGCAAGAUCCGGAGCAGCAACGUCGGGUGGACAUUGGGCUACAUGCUGAACCUGACCAACAUGAUCCCAGCUGAGCAGCCGUUGUCCACACCUCUUCCCCACUCCACCUAUGUCUUCCUCAUGGUCCUCUUCUCCCUGAUCCUGGUCGUAGUGGCCAUCAUAGGCAUGUUUAUCUUUCACAAGCCUUCAGAUUUCUGGAAAGACAGGGUAUAGGAGGAGCAACUGAAAUCUACUGGCUGGAGUGAGAAAAAAACUUGCCCAGGGAGCACUUUCCUCCAAAAUGAUGUAUAAGGUCAUCCUUCCUUGCUCACCAAGGCCAGUCUUGACCAGCAUGAAGCUUCCUUGGCUUUUGCUGAAGCCUCUUGUGGGAGGUAUUCACCACCUUCUGCCUCAAGGACUUCCUGGCAGACAUUGUUUCUUUUGUGAGUCUUUCCCAACUCUCCUCUUUCUCUUUUGUACUCUGUGCUUGUGUAGGUCUUAAAGACCUACCACCUUUCAUGAUCUUUGCUUUAUAAAAGAACAAUACUGACUUUGUCCAGAAGAACUGAGAGUCCUGAGUCCUCUGCUGGAAGUCGGGCUGGCUAAAAGAAGCAUCUCAGGAACUGGUUCGGUUGUACUCUUACAGACCCUUUCUCUCUCCUAUUUCCCAUUAUUAAGAAAGCCAUAUAAUGCCUUUGGAGAGGGCAGACACACAUCCAAUUCCCAGCCUGCCCUUUGCCUGGGAGAACUUUCUAGACUAGGCGAAUAUGUGCUAGGGCCAAAGAGUCUUACAAGGGAAUUUAUGUGCUUGUGCAGUUAAUACAAUACUUAAUCCAAUCCAAAAUAGGGAUGUGGAUGAAUCACAUAUUCCCGGGUGAUGCCAAAAUGCUACAGAGUGGAACACCCAGACCAGAGAAAAGCUGAUGUACAUAUAAGCAUUCAUAUAUCAGGGCAUACUACAUGGUAGGUGUAUACAUGUCAGGAAGAAAAAUACAGUUGCAACGCAGGGUCGGGAAGAUGCAUCCUCCAAUGCAUCUAUUGGUGUUUUGUUUUUAUUGUGGUAAAAUGCAUAUAACAUAAAAUUCACCAUUUUAACACAUACAAUUCAGUGGCGCUUGGUACAUUCACAAUGUUGUGCAACCAUUACCACUAUCUAAUUUCAGAACACUUUAAUCACCAAGAAAUUGGCUGGAGGCAAGACCAUCCCUGGGUAGGCUUGAACCACCAAACUUUCAGUUAAUAGCCAAAUAUGCUAACCAACUGCACCACAAAGAUGCCCAUUGAGUUUUAAAGCCAUGCCAUAUCUUAUUGUUCCACGGUUUAAUUUAGUGAGAGAGCUGCAUUAGUGUAGAGUGGCAUGCCUGUUCACUGUCAUGGUAUUUACACAUUGAAAUGUGCCAAGAACCAGAUCUGAAAGUGUUGUUGCCACCCCUCUCACACAAGUAUGGGCUCUAUUUACUUACUCCGUGGAAUGUUUUGUGGGAGAAGCAGCAGCUAUGGAUCUUGUCACAGAAACAUUAAGAGACCGUGUACCUCCUUCCUUUAAGGACUAUUGUUAAGAGUUACCUGUUGAGCAGGAUGGAGUGGUGAUGUGUUGCUCUGACCUUGUCCCAAGCUCUCCAUCUCUGGAUUUGGGGACUGAUUGUUGAGUUGAUGCAGGGUGGAGGGGGAGGAAAAGCUCUUCCACAAACUAGCAGCCAAAUGUCCCUUAUCUCUUGAAUAAUCAAGUCAUUUUUGACAACAUCCAGGUGAAUAUAAGCUUAAUAAAGCUGUGGACAGGAACUUUUUCCUUUCUGCUCACAACUGAA